AUGACAGACGCUAAGAUGCAGGUGGACAACCCACAGGAAACUGUGGAGGCGAUCAAGCACGGGGAGAUCGACGAGUCUCUUUACAGUCGGCAACUGUACGUGCUUGGUCAUGAAGCUAUGAAGCGUAUGGGCUCUUCGAACGUCCUCAUUGUCGGAUUGAAGGGUCUGGGUGUUGAGAUCGCCAAGAACAUUGCUCUCGCUGGUGUCAAGUCCCUUACCGUCUACGACCCCGCUCCCGUUGCCAUCUCGGACCUCUCCUCCCAGUUCUUCCUGCAGCCCCAAGAUGUCGGCAAGCCGCGCGCCGAAGCGACUGCUCCCAGAGUAGCGGAAUUGAACUCUUACGUCCCCGUCACGGUUCACGAAGGCGGAAAGCUCUCAGACAACCUCGAACAACUCAAGCGUUACCAAGCGGUGGUUCUCACUUUGACUCCUCUGAAGGAGCAGCUUGCGAUUGCCGACUUUUGCCACAAGAACGGUAUCUACCUUACGAUCGCAGACACAUUCGGUCUCUUUGGAUAUCUUUUCAACGAUUUCGGAAAGAACUUCACUGUCGGCGAUCCCACCGGUGAAGAACCCGUGGGCGGAAUUGUGGCGGACAUUGCUGAGGAUGGUCUGGUGUCGGCAUUGGAUGAGAGCAGACACGGUCUUGAAGAUGGAGACUUCGUCACGUUUACCGAAGUCAAGGGCUUGGAGGGCUUAAACAGCUCUGAUCCUCGGAAGGUGACCGUCAAGGGCCCCUACACGUUCAGCAUUGGUGAUGUUUCGGGCCUUGGCUCGUACCAGGGCGGCGGUAUCUUUACGCAAGUCAAAAUGCCCAGAUUUGUCGACUUUGAGCCGCUUGAUCAGCAAAUCAAGAAGCCGGAACUCAUGGUUUCCGACUUCGCCAAAUUCGAUCGACCACAGCAGCUGCACAUUGGUAUCCAAGCCCUGCAUAAGUUCGCAGAGAGCCAUGAUGGCCAGCUUCCUCAACCUCACAACGAGAGUGACGCUCAGGAAGUUAUCAAGAUCGCAAAUGAUCUCGCACCAAGCCAGGAGGACAAGGUGGAAUUGGAUGAAAAGGUUAUCAAAGAACUGGCCUAUCAAGCCCGUGGUGACCUGAACCCCUUGGCUGCGCUGUUUGGAGGUCUUGUUGCUCAGGAAAUCCUCAAAGCUGUGUCAGGCAAAUUCAACCCAGUUAGCCAAUGGCUCUACUUUGACUCUUUGGAGUCGCUCCCCGCGUCUACUACUCGAUCCGAAGAGAGCUGCAAACCACUUGGAACCCGCUAUGAUGGGCAGAUCGCCGUUUUUGGAAAGGAAUUUCAGGAAAAGAUUGCCAAUGCCAAGCAGUUCCUUGUUGGCGCGGGAGCCAUCGGGUGCGAAACUUUGAAGAAUUGGGCCAUGCAGGGUCUGGGAACUGGUCCCAACGGCAAGGUCUUUGUUACUGAUAUGGACCAAAUCGAGAAGAGCAACCUCAACCGGCAAUUCCUUUUCCGUACCAAGGACGUCGGAAGAUUGAAGAGUGAAUGCGCUUCUGCUGCCGUUCAGACCAUGAACCCUGAGCUGGAAGGGAAGAUUGUUACACUCCGGGACCGUGUUGGGCCGGACACCGAACACAUCUUCAACGAAGAAUUCUGGGAGGGCCUCGAUGGCAUUACCAAUGCUCUGGACAACGUCGACGCAAGAACCUACGUUGACCGUCGCUGCGUCUUCUUCCGGAAACCCCUACUCGAGAGUGGAACCCUCGGCACCAAGGGCAACACUCAGGUUGUCCUUCCCCGGAUCACCGAGUCUUACUCGAGCUCCCAGGACCCUCCGGAGAAGACCUUCCCCAUGUGUACUUUGAAGAGUUUCCCCAACCGGAUCGAGCACACUAUUGCCUGGUCUCGGGAUCUUUUCCAGACUUACUUCGUCGGGCCACCGGAGGCUGUCAACCUCUAUCUGUCUCAGCCCAACUACAUCGAGCAGACGCUCAAGCAGGCUGGUAAUGAGAAGCAGACGCUUGAAAACCUCCGUGAUUUCCUGGUUACCGACAAGCCAUUGACCUUUGAUGACUGCAUUAUUUGGGCUCGCCACCAGUUCGAGGCUCAAUACAACAACGCGAUUCAGCAAUUGUUGCACAACUUCCCCAAAGACUCGAAGACGUCUACCGGCCAGCCUUUCUGGUCUGGGCCUAAGCGUGCGCCGGCGCCACUGAAGUUCGACAGCACGAACCCCACCCAUUUCAGCUUCGUCGUUGCGGCCGCGAACCUUCACGCCUUCAACUACGGCAUCAAGAAUCCGGGUGCGGACAAGGGAUACUACCGCAAGAUUGUGGAUAACAUGAUCAUCCCCGAAUUCACACCUAGCUCCAGCGUCAAGAUUCAGGCUGACGAGAAUGAUCCCGAUCCGAAUGCUCAGCCCGCUGGACCCAGCGAUGACAAUGACGACAUCCAGAAACUCGUCGGCUCUCUUCCAUCACCCAAGUCGCUUGCCGGUUUCCGUCUCACCCCGGUGGAAUUCGAGAAGGACGAUGACACUAACCACCACAUCGACUUCAUUACGGCGGCUAGCAACCUCCGUGCGGAUAACUACGAAAUCCCUCAGGCGGACCGACACAAGACCAAGUUCAUCGCGGGUAAGAUUAUUCCUGCUAUUGCGACGGCCACUGCGCUCGUUACUGGAUUGGUCUCCCUGGAGAACUACAAGAUCAUCGAUGGCAAGGACGAUAUUGAGCAGUACAAGAACGGUUUCGUGAACAUUGCUCUUCCUUUCCUUGGCUUCAGUGAGCCCAUCGGCAGUCCCAAGGGCAAGUACAUGGGUAAGAAGGGCGAAGUGUCCAUUGACCAGAUCUGGGAUCGCUUUGAGGUCGACGAUAUUCCGUUGCAGGACUUCCUCAACUACUUCUCUGAUCUGGGCUUGGAGGUGAGCAUGGUUAGCUCGGGUGUCAGCUUGCUCUACGCCAGCUUCUACCCUCCGUCGAAAUUGAAGGACCGUCUUCCUUUGCCGAUGAGCAAGCUGGUAGAGACCAUCAGCAAGAAGCCCGUCCCUGAGCACCAGAAGAAUGUCAUCUUCGAGGUGACGGCUGAGGAUCAGAAUGAUGAGGAUGUUGAGAUUCCCCUUUUCUCCUUUCUCAUGUUCUCUGCACUUCUUCGAACCCAGCAGGUUUCUCGUCAUAUCACAAAUCCCCGGGUUGUCUCUGCAGGGUUCCUUGCGCUAUCUCCGAAUCGCUCCGUCACCCCUCAGUUCAUUUCACCAACACGCAGCAUGGCUACUGGAACUUCCGGCAAGAUCACAGACUGGGUAAACCCCAACGACAAGUCCGGCGAAUUCAAGCGCCAGCAGUCCGUGUUCCGAAACUGGAUCUCCAGAGAAUCCGGCGCGGAAUUCCCUCCUGAGAAGGGCCGCUACCAUCUCUAUGUCUCUUAUGCUUGUCCUUGGGCGCACCGGACAUUGAUCACAAGAAAGCUCAAGGGUCUCGAGGACUUUAUCUCGUUUACCUCUGUGCAUUGGCAUCUGGGGGAGAAGGGCUGGCGCUUCGUAACUUCCGAUGAAAAAUUGCCUGGAGCGAACACCACCCCGGACCCAUUGCACGGCGAUGUCUCGCACCUCCGCGACCUCUACUUCGCGCAGGACCCGGAAUACGCGGGCCGAUUCACAGUCCCCGUACUCUAUGACAAGAAGGCCAAGAAGAUCGUGAGCAACGAGAGCUCUGAAAUCAUCCGUAUGCUCUACUACGAAUUCGACGACCUCCUCCCCACCCAAUACAAAUCUCUCGACCUCUACCCCAUCCCCAUGCGCCCUCAAAUCGAAUCCACAAACGAAUGGACCUACAACGAUGUCAACAACGGCGUCUACAAAUCCGGCUUCGCAACAACCCAGGAAGCCUACGAGCGCGCCGUAACAACCCUCUUCUCCUCCCUCGACAAAAUCGAAUCCCACCUCUCAUCCUCGCUCACCCCCGAAAAGCCCUUCUAUUUCGGCUCCAAUGUCACAGAGGCGGAUAUCAGGUUGUUUACGACGAUUAUUCGGUUUGACCCUGUGUAUGUGCAGCAUUUUAAAUGUAAUAUCCGGGACAUUCGCUCGGGGUAUCCGGCUAUUCAUCGCUGGGUGAGGGGGUUGUAUUGGGAUGUGCCGGCGUUCCGGGAGACGACGGACUUUGAGCAUAUCAAGUUUCAUUAUACAAAGAGUCAUAAGCAGAUUAAUCAGUUUAGUAUUACGCCUGUUGGGCCGGUGCCGGAUAUUUUGCCCAAGGAUGAGGAGGUUAGGGCGGUUGCUGCGAAGUAA